GUUGCGGUCAAACGAAUGGCGUUUCCGGAAUGUAAAUCAAAUAUUUGUCAAACAAUUAAUGCUUAUUUUACUAACAAAAAGCAGAUAUCCGACGAAGCUAUUCAUCUCUUGUUCACAGCAAAUCGUUGGGAAUUUCAAAACGAGGUGAAAGAAUUACUUUUAUCUGGAACAUCGCUGAUUGUAGAUCGCUACUUGUAUUAUGGUGUUGCCUAUAGUAACAGCCAAAAGUCUUUGAUUGGUGUUUGGCAUCCAAAAAGGGUUAUCGUCUUCUAUAUGAAAAUGAAUAGCAUUGAUGGUUUGUUAGAACGCGGCAAUUUCGGCGAUGUACGUUAUGAAAAGAAAGAAUUCAAAAUAAAAGUUUCAAAUGCUUUUGAAGACAUUUACGCAAAAGAAACGCACUAUUGGCACGAAAUUGAUGCAGAAUUACCUGGCGAUGAUGUGCACAAAGAGACAGUAAAGCGAACUGAGUGCUUCUUGAAAAUUCGGACCGUUAAAACUUUGGAAUGUAUGAAAUGAGUAAAAAAAUAUCUAAUUUAAA